AGUUCUUCUUCACGCGUUCAAGUAUUCAGUUCGUGCAAUGAUGUUAGUUUAUUUUGCAGUAAUCGCACUGGCUACAGUGCAUGCAGUUGAGGAGAAAUGUGACGGCGUUACUAUUAAUGGAUUGAUGCACACCAAAGAAGUGUUAAAAACAAAUCUAGAUAGUCCAUAUCAAUUUAGUAUUGACUACACUACGAAUACAUUAUUCUUCAGCUAUUCAACACAUAUAAAAGAUCAAAGAUUUCAGUUGGCGUAUCUAAAUCUUGAAAGUAAAGAGUUUAACAUUGUGUCUGGCAUUAAAGAUGGAUUCGCAUCCGCUGUUGACCAAGAUAACGGUAAAGUUUACUUAGGAGCAAAAGGCGGUGUAUACAGUUUUAAUUUAAAAACAAAAGAAGCUAAUCUAUUAGGAUCGACUAGUCAAAAUAUAUGGCAAAUGUUCUACAAAGACGGACUAUAUUACAGUACUUACCCAAAGGAAGAAGUGUAUUUCUUUAAAGAUGGUGUUUAUAACAGAGUUGAAGAAUUAAAAGAUACACGAGCUAUGCUGAUCGCUCUAGAUGAUAAUAAAAACAUCUACUUUUCUAAUUCAUCAGGUUUAUAUAAAUACAACAAAUCGAAUAAGGAAAUAUUGACUUUGGGUGUAGAUGUAGUUAAUGGUAUGAACUCAGAUGCGAAUGGUAAAUUAUAUUUCACUUCGCCUAAUGGUAUUUUCAGAAUAAAUGAUAAAUUAAAUACUAUUGAGCGCUUAGUUACAUUAGAAAACGUAUAUGGUGCUGCUAUAGAAAAAGAUGGCAGUGUAUUAUGUGGCACCGAUGAAGGAAUUAUAAGAUUUAAGAAAAGUGAUAAAUGCAAUUUGUAA